AAUUAGUGCACUAACAUGAGGGCAGCCAUGGCUUGCGUGCUUCUGUACGGCGGUGGCGUUGCUUUGCUAUACUGCAUCCUGUUCCCCGUCGCUAGCUGCGCGUUCGUGCAGCUGCUGCGAUGAGGAGCUGAAGAAUAGGGACGACAUCGUCUACUACAGCUUCCCCUCCUUCAAUAGAAGUCUCGCGAGCACUGCCUUGGCGCCGCUCAAGGAUGCAAGCAUAAAUGGGGGAGCCCUCCAGCUGACUCCAGACACCAGAAACAACGUUGCCUUCCUUGUCAACAGGUCCGGGUCCGUUCUCCUCGUGUCCCCGGUCACGCUGUGGCGCGUCGACUCGCUCGGGGUGAGGCACGCCGCCUCCUUCAACACCUCCUUCGACAUGAAUGUCUUCCGAGAAGAUAUGAGUUCGAAUGGCGAGGGCCUUGCUUUCGUCAUCGCCACCUCCCUCGAUGGCCCUCCGCCGGGCAGCCAUGGCGGAUUCCUCGGACUCACAAACACCACCUCAAAGUCUACUUCCAGAAACUUCGUCACCGUCGAGUUCGACACGGCCAAGCAGCCGUACGACCCUGACGACAACCAUGUCGGCCUCAACAUCGGCAGCGUCGUCUCCGACCCCGCCGUGCCGCUGUCCUCGGUCCUGCCUGGCAACCUUACGAUCAAGACAACAGAAGUACAACCGACGAAUUACACCGUGUGGAUCGUCUACAGCGGCGUGGGGCACCACAUAUGGGUAUACAUGGCUCCCCAGGGCCAGGAGAGACCAGAGCAUGCCGUCCUUGACGCGCCGCUCAACAUCAGCUUUCCUCUCCCACAGAGAGCCUACAUCGGUUUCUCCGCGUCGACGGGGGCAAACUACGAGCUGCACUGCAUCAUGAGCUGGAACUUGUCGAUUGAAAAGCUCCCCGGCGAUGACCGUCACGGUGAGAAAUGGAAGGUGAUACUCCCGGCGGUCAUUGGUACGGUUGCCGUAACGGCCGCCAUGAUCGUCGCCGCGGCCCUCAAGAUGGAGCUGAAGCUAUCCGAGGCUCUCCGGCGGCUUCCCGGGACGCCCAGGGAGUUCAAGUACGCCACCGUGAGGCAGGCCACCAACAACUUCGCCCAGGCAAGGAAGCUAGGCAAAGGAGGCUUUGGCGCCGUGUACAAGGGAACACUACGCUCUCCAGUUUCAGGGACGACCAAGGCACGCGUCGACGUGGCGGUGAAGAAGUUCACGCGUAAAGAAAACCGCUGCUACGACGACUUCCUCGCAGAGGUCGAUGUCAUCAACCGUCUGCGUCACCGAAAUAUCGUGCCGCUUGUUGGUUGGUGCUAUCAGAAAGGUGAACUCCUGCUCAUCUACGAGUACAUGCCAAAUGGCAGCCUGGACCAACACCUGUUUCGCGCAAGUGAGAACCCACAGAACACCGUUGCGCUCCUAGCAUGGAACACCCGCUACGACGUCAUCAUGGAUGUCGCCGCGGGGCUCCACUACGUCCACCACGAGCACGAGCACAUGGUGCUCCACCGCGACAUCAAGGCGAGCAACAUCAUGCUCGACUCUUCCUUCCGUGGGCGCCUCGGUGACUUCGGCCUCGCUCGUAUUGUCACCUCUCUGGAAAAGAACUCCUACACAGAUAUCGGUGUUGCGGGGACUUGGGGCUUCAUCGCGCCGGAGUACUCGGUGAGCCAUAAGGCCACACGCAAAACUGACAUUUACGCACUCGGGGUAUUAAUCCUGGAGGUCGUCACCGGAAGGCGGGCACUCCAUGGCUACCAUGAGUCCUUCCGAUUGCUCACUGACUGGGUUUGGACAGCUCACCAGGAGGGAAGGCUGCUUGAAGCCGUGGAUGAUGAGGUGCACGGACAGUUCGACGCUGACGAUGCUAAUCGCUUGCUACUUCUUGGGUUGGCAUGCACCAACCCUAACCCGUCAGACCGCCCAAACAUGGCUGAGGUGGUGCAGAUCGUUGCAAAAUCUGCGCCCCCAUCAGACGUGCCACUAGUGAAGCCCACCUUCAUGUGGCCACCAGAAGGCGGAUGGAUCCCCGUGGAAUUUGAAGAACCGGUAACGAUCACGAGCACUCAAUUGGAGGAAGACAUGUCAUUAAGUAGCGAUGAUGCCAGGGGGUGACAGCAACCAAUUGACAUCGUAUGUGUCUAGUCGCGUUGAAGGUUGGUGAAGCUAAUAACAUCCCAUUUAGUUCGUAUGUGUCUAGUUGCGUCGAAUAUUACAUGUACUAGAAUGGUUGUGGCUCUUUGCUACACCAUUGUUGUUGUUGGGAUUACAUAAUUUUCAUUUAUAUAAUGUGAUGUUUUGGUGAGUUUUCUUAACAGUGUCAUUUUCCGUUAUCUGCUUAUCAGCUCGUACUUAUAUGGGGAAA